AUGGAUGUCUUGGCUAGUUAUAGUAUAUUCCAGGAACUCCAGCUUGUCCACGACACCGGCUACUUCUCAGCUUUGCCAUCCUUGGAGGGAAACUGGCAGGAGACAUGCCUGGAGUUGGAGCGAUACCUUCAGACUGAACCACGGAAGAUCUCUGAGACCUUUGGUGAGGAGUUGGACUGCUUCCUUCAUGCCUCCUCAGCCCCAGAUGUGGAGGACAAUAUCCGGCGGCUGGACCCCGUCCUUUUACCAGUGGAGACAAGUACGUGUGACAAAAGUGCCAACAUGGACAUUAUCCUCUCACGGGACAAGCUGCUGUCUGAGACAUGCCUCAGCUUGCAGUCCACCAGCUCUUCCACAGAAGGCUACACAGCUGUCAACCAGGCCCAACUCAAUGCAGUAACCUCAUUAACACCCCCUUCCUCUCCAGAGCUCAGCCGCCACCUUGUAAAAACCUCACAAACUCUCUCAGCGGUUGAUGGCACAGUGACGUUGAAAUUAGUGGCCAAGAAAACUUCAGUCAGUUCCAUGAAAGUGGGUGUAGCAACAGCGACCGCAGGGACAAUAAAAGGCGGGCAAAGUGACAGUGAACAAGGAGGUACAGGGGCAGAAGCAUCCCCAGAAAACAAGAAGAGGGUUCAUCGCUGUCAGUUUAAUGGGUGCCGGAAGGUUUACACAAAGAGCUCCCACUUAAAGGCUCAUCAGAGGACUCAUACAGGUGAGAAGCCUUACAAGUGCUCAUGGGAAGGGUGCGAGUGGCGUUUUGCACGGAGCGACGAGCUCACGAGGCAUUACAGAAAGCACACGGGUGCAAAGCCCUUUAAAUGCAACCAUUGUGACAGGUGUUUUUCCAGGUCUGAUCACCUCGCUCUCCACAUGAAGAGACACAUCUAAAUAUCAGUUAGCUUGGCAUGGAUAUUGUCCAAGCUAAGUGUUGUGAGAUGGAAGUGGAACUCAAGUUACAACACGCUACCUUGCAGGAGAAGAGAACUUGAUCACGUGUAAUCCUCUGUACGGAGACCACAGGCUCACACUGUCAUGCACCCAGUUAUACUUCGAUACAUACAUCGGUUCUUUAUGCCUUGCCCCAGCUGGAUGGGAGAAGAUGCAGGGGAGGAAGUGAUAUAGAGUGAUCUUCAGAACUCUUUGUCUUCACCUGGAUAUCGGUCUGGGACUGGCCACACAGGCAUGACAACAGGAUUCCUUCCACAUCAUGUCUACUCUGGCUUCAGUGGCAAGAUUUAGCAUUGUAAGAACUGUAGGAUCUGGCCUACCAGGUACUAACAUCUGUCUCAUAAAGCUGAGACUUUCCUCCUCCCUUAGAGAAAGAAGUCCAAGACACACUCAUGCUGUAUAAGUUAUAUAUAUAAUGAUAUAGUUGUAUAUAUAAAUUAUAUACAUAAAAAUGUGGAGCUGAGGGGGAGGAUAGGCUGCCUUUAUCACCUCAAGGAUGGGUUUCCCUACCUGAAAACUUUAAAAUGCAGGCGUCGUUUUUCAAACAGGGUUUUAUAGUUUUCCUUAAUGCUUGUUAAUGGCGUUUUUGAUGUAAUAAUUGAAGUUGGAACUCUUCGUGAUUUUCAAAAUGAAAGCUUUGAUGAUUUUUAUUUUAAGUGCUUUGGUCCUAACUUCUAUAUACUGCCAGAAAACAGGUUCUCCACCCUGUUUCUGUGUGGGUGUGGAUGUACAGCAGUAUACUGUGUAUACCUACACAGAA